AUGCAUAUGACCCGGGUCAUCGGCGGUGUGCAGGGCUUCUACGCCGCCAGCUCGCAGGGGCGGCACCAAGAAGACCAUCGUGCUCACAGCCAUGUUCGAGGGCCCCGAGACACCGCAUGGCGGCGACACGCCAGCUUCUUCGGGGUCCACCGCAUGGCGCGCACCGAGUCCCACAUCGCCAUCAUCGGAGGCACCGCCACCGGCAAGUACGAGCACGCCAAGGGCUUCGCCGCCAUCUAG